AUGGCCGUACCAUCCUCUCAGUUUGAAGUCAACACAGCCGCGACAUCCCAGGGUAACUCCCAGACCUGUACGGCCUCCCAGAACAAUACAUUCUCCAAGCCCACAUCCAACAAACGCAAAGAAAUGGCUUCUCCUCCUGUUGCCGGUUCGCUGAACCAAGGAAAGAAGCGUGGUGCUUCUGUACCUGCUUCAUCGUCAACCCAGGAUGUCAAUGAGACCGCUUUCGAGGAUGGAUCUGAGAGAGAGGAUUGGCUGGUUGCACGACUCCAGGACCCUUCCAUAUCCCUUCCACCUCGGGCCGACAAAAGGCAUCCAAGGGAGAGUCGGAUGAGGUUCAAGGCGGAUGUUCACAGGCAACUGGCGGAGGAGUUCAACAACAUGCAGUUCAAGAUGCCGCACUCCAGACGAUUCUACAGUACCACCCUCAACGGCAAUGGAAUCAAGUCCAAGAUAAAACGCAUUCAAACAACAUUCAUGACAGCGCACAACCUUCGAGGCCCCUCUGGAUAUGGCGGCACGGAUUUGGAGUCAUGGAAAACUGCCAUCAUGAAAGAAUGCCGUUAUUUUUUCGAACUGCUUCCGGCUUGGGGUCAGAAGUGGAGCGAUGGCGUAGUAUUUUACGCAGACUCGAUGACGGACUUGACGGACGAUCGCAUCACAGACAACAUAAAAGACCUGAACGAGGCGACGCGCAUGUCAGUACAAUUGGAGUAUCGGAAAGCAGAGAUACAGGGACGAAUCAGGAUGAUGGAGAGCGAGUCGAGCCUAAUGGAAAAGGAGAUAGCAUUGAGGGAGAAGGAGAUGGUCUUCAAACUGCGACUGGAGGAAAUCGAAGCCAGAAAGGCAGAGGCUAUCGCCAAGGUGCAGGCAGAAAAGGAAUUAGCAUUGGAGCGAGAGCGAUGGAUGUCUAAGCACAAUUCACCUGGUCUAUAUUGUGGAAAGAAGGAAGUAUGGAUUCCGACAGGCAGCUUCAAAAAUAAAAGUCCUUCGCCAAGCGCUAACCAAAGUAACCAAUAA